UGCACAGGCACAGACACGGGGAGCCACCAGGAGUGCAAGAUUCUGUGGCAGCAGGAGGCUGGAAGAAAAAUCAGAAGUGGCUCUGGCUACAAUGAGGAUCUUACUGGGUCUGCUGCUCCUGGGUCACCUAACAGUGGUCAUCUAUGGCCAUCCCAUCCUGGAAGCUCCAGAGAGUGUAACAGGGCCAUGGAAAGGAGAUGUGAAUAUUCCCUGCACCUAUACCCCCCUGCAAGGCUACACCCAAAUCUUGGUGAAGUGGUUAGUACAACGUGGCUCAGAUCCAGUCACCAUCUUCCUGCGUGACUCCUCUGGGGACCACAUCCAACAGGCAAAGUAUCGCGGUCGCCUGCACGUGAACCAAGAGGAUCCAGGAAAUGUGUCCCUCCGACUGAACAUCCUGGAGAUGGAUGACCGGAGUCACUACAUGUGUGAAGUCAGGUGGAAGACCCCUGAUGGCAACCAAGUGGUGAAAGACAAGACCAUUGAGCUCCGAGUCCAGAAACUCUCUGUCUCCAAGCCCACGGUGACAACUGGCAGCAGUUAUGGCUUCACGGUGCCCCAGGGAAUGAGGAUUAGCCUUCAAUGCCAGGCUUGGGGUUCGCCCCCCAUCAGUUAUGUUUGGUUCAAGGAACAAGCUAAUAACCAGGAACCCAUCAAAGUGGCAGUCUUGAGUACCUUACUCUUCAAGCCUGCAAUGGUGGCUGACUCGGGCUCCUAUUUCUGUACUGCCAAGGGCCGUGUUGGCUCUGAGCAGCGCAGCGACGUUGUGAAGUUUGUGGUCAAAGACUCCUCUAAGCCACCCAAGAUCACGACUAAGGCACCUACCAAAAUUGAGACACAUAUAACCACGCAAUUGCCCUUGGAAGUGACAUCUAUGAUGAACCCAUCAUGGAACUGGACCACUGAAGUAGAUGGGCACCAUGAGGAAACCAUUACUGGGCCAGGAAAGGGCCUUCCCAUCUUUGCCAUCAUCCUCAUCAUCUCCUUGUGCUGUAUGGUGGUUUUCACCAUGUCUUAUAUCAUGCUCUGCCGAAAGACAUCCCAACAAGAGCAUGUCUAUGAAGUGGCCAGGGUGCAUACCAGGGAAUCCAGCAACUCUGGAGAAACCAUGAAGGCGGCCAUCUUCACAAGUGGCUGCUCCAGCGAUGAGUCAGCUUCCCGAGUUCUGGGCAACGACUACUCCGAUGAGCCCUGCCUGGGCCAGGAGUACCAGAUCAUCACCCAGAUCAACGGUGACUAUGCCUGCCUGAUGAACACAGUACCCCCGGAUUAUGAGGUUCUUGCCACUGAGGGCAAGAGUGUUUGCUAAGAAUGCCCCCAUAAGGCCAGAGUCUGCUAACAUAAUUACUUAUUCAGUCCCUGUCUUCUGUGUGACCCUCUUCCCUGCUACCACUCUUCAUAGUCUAAAGUGUCUUCCCUGCAAAUAUUAAGGCCCCUGGCAGCAGCUGGCUUUGCCUAAGAGUUUACCAUAUGCACCCUAAGCAAGCCAGCUUCUGAGUUUCACCCUGAGCCCUUCUAGUAUCCGUGCCUGGGAAUUCCAUUACCCCUUUCUAAACACCAGAGGGAAAUGCUCAUAGCACUAAGACUUGAUCAUUAUACCUCCAGUCAUCACUCAACUUUGGCCUCUUACCACCUAUAGAUGGAAGCUCAGCUCGGCCAGUUCAGGGGAUUAGUUAUGUUCAUGAUCACUUCUCUGUCUCUAGGACCAGACAUCUUUUAAUUGAAAUCAUCAUAUCACAGGCCAGGGUUCACUUUUGCCCCUGCACUGUGAGUCUAGUUCUCUGAUAUUCUUUUGGUUCUCAAUAAAUAUCUAAUGACAACAA